GACUGUUGCUAUGGCAACUUUAACCUUAUUGUUGUGAUGGUCCAGGGUGGAGGUGUGAGGAUUCAGUGGCUGUUAAAAAAUCAAACAUUUUAUGUGCAUUUACUAGUAAAGGUGAGGUGCCGAUGGAGAACAUCAGAGUUAAGAGAGAUUUAAGCCAGGAAGAUGGACACAUGUCUUCAUCCUCAUCAUCAUCUUCAUCCUCUUCUCCAUCCUCAAUGUGCGCUGAGCGGGACGCGGUGGUGGUGCGGAGGUGUGCUCAACAGUUACACAGCCUGAGUGGUGUGUGUGUGUUCAGAACUCUGAGAGUGUGUGUGCUGUGUGAUAACUUCAUCACCAACAUCGACCCACUGCGGCAGUGUGUUAGCUUACUGAAGCUCGACCUCAAAGGCAACCAGAUCACUCAGCUACCUGAAGCUUCAUUCUGGAAGAACCUGAAGGAUCUACAGCUGCUGUUUCUACAUGAUAACAGUAUAUCUGUGUGGCACGACGUGUCCGGUCUGGGUGUCUGUCCGUCUCUGAUCGCUUUAACGCUAUACGAAACGCCACUCUGCCGGACGGGAAACUACAGACACUGUGUUAUUAAUAGUAUUUUCAGCCUGAAGGCCCUGGACCAUCAUGUCAUCUCAGAUGAAGAGAUCAUUGAAAACUGGGAACUUCCUCUCAGAUUUAAAGCAAUGGCACCGAGUCUAUCCAUCAAUCUGUAUUCCUCAGCACACAUGCAUUCAGAUGAAGUGAAAGCACUGCGUGGAAUAAUUUCAGAAAUAAACAGAAUCCAAGCCUCAUUGUCUCCGACACUCAUCAUACAGAAGUGGAUUAGAGGCCAUUUGACCAGGAAACAUCUGGGAUUGUGUGGAGCACCUGUUCAUCUGAAAAUGUUAGUGAGGAAUGUGACUUCAGUGGGUUCGGUGUGGGAGAGCAGCAGAAGAUCAUGGAUUAGGAGUGAUCCUCACAUUCUGGAAGUGUGUGUGUGUCUACAGCAGGACAUGUUGAGCUUUAGAUCUUUUGAUAGCAAGAACCUGACGGACCUCAAACCACCUUGUAACACUCCUCAGCUGCGUAACCAUGGAGACAAACUCAAUAUCAGCAUACUGGAUGACCGUCCAGAGGAGGUGAUGGACUCAAAGACUUUGUGUCUGUUUGGCGUUAAGGCCAUGACGUAUUUGUCCAAGCCAUUUGAAGACAUGCUGAUAUCUCGAAAAACGAAUGGGCAGGACGUCCGGGAUGGCAUCGCCCGUUUCCACACGCAGAAAUCCAAUCCCACCACUGCCCCACGGCCACGCCCACCUAAUGUCACCGCAGAGAAACGCCUCAGUGGCCGAUACCGUAACUGCCUAAGGCUUACCGCGUUCCGGGCAAUAGACAGGGCAUAUGAGGAAAAAGAGAAGGAGGAGGGUCUGAGGGAACGAGCCCAGCAAGUGAUAGAGGCACAGGAUCAUCGUGACGAAGCCCACGGUCAGCGUGAAGGAUUCAUGAAGGCUCAAAGAAAAGUGGCACUACAGAGACAAAAGCGAGAUCGAGACAAACUGGAGGAAACACUUAAACUGCAGAGAAGCAAACAGGAGCAGGAGGUGCAGCUAGUCCAUCAGAAGUACCUCAGGGUCCUGGUGGAGAAGCAGAUGAAGAUGAUGGAUCAGGAGGCAGUGAAGCGCUUCAGCCAACAGCAUGGUGCUUUGACUAAAGCCUUUAUUAAACACAACACAGAACACUGGCUCAACAAGACUCUGGACGCAAGAAGACAACACAUCGCUACACGGCACGCUGGCUUGCGGAUAGAGCAGAGACACCUGGAAUACAGGCAGCAGAGUAGACCGAUGAUGUCUUGGAUGUCCUUAAACUCUCUUCUAUUUCACAAACAGCAGCACUCAGACAUCCCUCAAAUCUCAGACAACAAAUCAGCUGAAAUCCAGUCAAUACGAGCUAGACGUCCAGCAGACAGACGUGCUAAUCAAAAUAUGAAUAAAUAAAAUUUAAAAAACUGUCUAACUAAAUAUCUCUAUUUAAAUAUUUCUAUAACUAAGUGAAUGUUGGCUUUAAACAAAUUCAGGAGACUGUUCCACAACAUGUUUGUUUAAAUAAAGAACAAUAAACAGUCACAAUCAUUAAUCUUUAAUAAAACAAAUUUUACAAUCAUCUAAUCAUGUAAAAUGUUCCUUUGUUGAUUCAGGAGUAUAUAUUUCAUCUUAUCUGAAGUACAAUGAAAUAAAAAUAAACACGAGAUUAUUUUACACAGCAGAGGUUUGGGAUCUGAUUGGUCAAAAGAUAUUUUCUUUUUUCUAAUUACUAUUAAUUUUUUUUUUUAAUAAUUAUAUAAUAAAUUUAUACCACAAUAUUGAUUUAUACCACACAUUGAAUUCUCUAAUCUGAUUGUUCAGUAGGUGUUUUAUUUUUGUGUAAUAUUUGUAUAAUGCCAUGUAAUUCUGUCCCAGAAACUAAAACAUUGUGAUAUUCUCUGCCUCGUGGUAGAAAGUGAUGCAGAUCAAAGUGGAAUCUGAUCACUAACCC